UUCGCUGAGUAAGCAAGCGGCGAAGCGUCUCUCUUACAGCGGGUUAAAUUCAAAUCGGCAGCGAGCGGCACCAGCAGCUAGAGCGAGGCCCGCCCUGCAGUCUCCGCACAGGGCUCGUCAGUGCUGCAAUGCCAGCGCCGCUGCCCACAGCCCCGCGCCUUCGAUGACCUUGCGCAGCCCGACUGGCCCAGGAGCGGUGAGCGGACCCGGAGAGCCCGGGGGUGAAAUGGGGACCGAAGAGAAGGAAAAUCACUGUUCUGAGCCACAAAGAAGGAUAUUGAAAACUCCUCUGAAACAGUCAGCUACCUCAUAUUCAGUAUUAACGGAAAUCCAGCCUGAUUCUGGACCUCUGACAACACCCCCUAAGUCUCAGGAAGUUCCUCCUGGAGAUCCAUGGACACCCACUGCUAACCUUAAAAUACUGAUCAGCGCAGCUAGUCCUGAGAUUCGAAACAGAGAACAAAAAAAGGGACUUUUCGACAGAAGUGAAAUCGUAGAGACAAAACACUGUUUACAUGAGCAUUUAUCAGGAGAUGAAUAUGAGAAAUCUCAACCAAGCCGUAAAGAGAAAAGUCUAGGAUUAUUGUGUCACAAAUUUUUAGCUCGAUAUCCUAAUUACCCGAGCACUGCAGAGAAUAGUGAUAUUUGCCUUGAUGAAGUAGCGGAAGAGCUUAAUGUUGAACGUAGACGCAUAUAUGAUAUUGUGAAUGUGCUAGAGAGCCUGCAUAUGGUGAGCCGCCUUGCCAAAAAUAGAUAUGCUUGGUACGGGCGUCAUAAUCUCAACAGAACACUGCAGACUUUGAAAAAAGUUGGCGAAGAGAACAAGUACACACAACAAAUUGAGAUGAUCAAGAAGAGAGAGUAUGAGUUUGAGUUAGAUGGUGACAGAAAUGAAGAGAUGACGACAAAACCUGUUGGCCCAAAUGAGCAUUCAGAAAUGUGUUUUGUUGAACUCCCAGGGAUGGAAUUUCGAGCAGCUUCAGUAAACAGCAGGAAAGACAAGUCUUUACGAGUGAUGAGUCAGAAAUUUGUGAUGCUGUUUCUUGUAUCAACUCCUCAAAUAGUGAGCCUUGAAGUUGCUGCAAAAAUUUUGAUUGGAGAGGACCAUGUAGAAGAUUUAGAUAAAAGCAAGUUUAAAACCAAAAUUCGGAGAUUGUAUGACAUAGCUAAUGUUCUCAGUAGUCUUGAGCUUAUCAAGAAGGUUCAUGUUACAGAGGAGAGAGGCAGAAAGCCGGCAUUCAAAUGGACAGGACCAGAGGUUUUACCAGGCAUUCAGGAUACAAAACCUGUAACUACUACCACUUCCUUGAUUCCAUCUAAUUCUGCAAAAUCUAAAUAUCCCAAAGAGCAGUGUUCAAAAAAUCUCUUCCCUUCAAGAGGCAAGCAAAGCUUCACUCGGCAUCCAUCUCUAAUGAAGCUAGUAAAGACUAUAGAAAGUGACCGGAGGAAGAUCCAUUCUGCCCCAAGCAGCCCCAGCAAGACAAGCACAACAGAUAAUGAUCAAAAUUCAUCAUCCUUGCCAAGUAAAAUGGCCCAGCUUGCAGCAAUUUGUAAACAGCAGUUAGAAGGACAAUCAAGAGAAUUAAAGAUGAAAUUGACAAGAUCUACGUUAGAAUGUAAAUUGACCUCUAGUGAUGAAUCUCUUUUGAAAUGUGAACCUAAUACUACGUCAUCCUGUCAAACUCCAUCUCUUGUUCAGCCACUGGGGGUCCUACCUCUUAUCCACAAUUCAGUUUCUCCAGUAAUGCUACCUCAAACCCAUUCUGCUAUUUCAUAUGCAAUAUAUUUGCAUCCUUCCCAAGCCCAGACUGUGACUACGUUACCGUCUGUGCCCUGUCCCAAUGUGACUGGAACAAAAAGUGUUUUCAAUGCUAAUUCACAAAUACCAUUUAAUCAAAUGACCACUGAAGAGAGGGACAGUAAUACAGGUGAAGGUGAUGCUGGGAACUUGGUGGCUAAAGAGAGACAAGUUACAAAAAUUGAGUUUACACCAGAGAGGUGCCUUAAAAGAUCUCAAGCAUUACAGGAGAACAGUUCAAUUAAAAAAUGUAGAAGAGAUGAGAAAAGUCUUGAAGAUGUUUAUACAGGAGAUUCUCUUAAGGGUGAAAGACCAUCUUCUAGAGCUGUGCAUUUAGAGCCUGAAAUCAAUCAUUUCCAAGAGGGAAGCCAGAACAAAUCUGAGAAACUAGAUCAAAAUAUGGAAUUUUGCUUUGAUCAUGAAAGGAGAGAAGGUCUUUCAGAAGAUAAAAGCAGAGCCAGUAAUACACAAGAGAUGCCUGUUGCAUUUGCUGUUCCUGCUCAUGAGACCUUGUUUCCUUCAGGGUAUAUUAUUCCUCUUGCUCAGUGCACGCAACAUGGCCACGAGGCCAUAUUUUCUAACAAGGAAAAGUCUGGGAUAUGUUCGCUACCACACAUGACCUACGGUUCACCCAUUGCAGGUGUCGUUCCAGUGACAGCUUCCGAAUUUACAGCAGUUAAUAUUCCAGCUUUUCAUGUCACACCCUUGAAGUUAAUGGUAUCACCAUCUUCUAUAGCUACUGCACCUGUAGUAAACAGCUCGUGUCUUAAUUCAAGCCAUAGUAAUCCUGUCCAAAACCCAAGCUCUUCAAUUCUGAACUUUACACUACAACACUUAGGACUCAUACCUGCAGGUGUGCAAGUUUCUCCAAAUCCUGUGCUUCAGCCAGUGCCAAUCUCUCCAAAACCAGAGCAUGUUAGUCCUGUUUCAGAGAAUGUGAGCUUGCAACAAGGAAGAGUGUUUAAAAAUGAAUCCCAGAUAACUGAGUGUGACUUAAACGGAAAAUCAGGUGCAGUAAUUCCUUUACAGCAGACUACUGUGCCAGUGAAACCCGAAGAGCCACAGGCAGUGACUGAAAACUUUUUCCGUACGCCUGGAGGGCCGAAUGCAAUUUCUAGUUUUGCUUCGUCUCCUGCAGAUUCAGACGGUGCAGAUGGAAUUUUACGAGGAAACUUGUUUGCCCCACAAAGAAAACUUGACGUGUCAGAGGACCAACUUUGACUGGGAUGUCUGGCUGUUAAACUUGUUUUGUAGCAUAUUUGCCAGUACAACAUGUUGCAUGCAUCUUAGCAUUGUGAUUUGGAAGAUUUAUCCCCUGGAAACGAAUUGUAAAUGCAUUAAGUCCUCAAUACUGGAAAAGCCUUAUUUAGUUCUUAGGAUUAAAAUUGGCUCUUUUUUAUAAAAGCAAACUAAUGUCCAUUAAUUUCUGCAAAUUACUUGUUUAAAGCAUUACAUCCAACUAGGUACCUAUUGUCUUACUCUUCAUAACAGUACAGAGCAAAGUAAGCUCUUGGUCAUAAUUUGUGGUGUACAGAAACUGAGUAAAUACAAAACCACACAGUAUCAGUACAUGUUUUGCACAAUGAAAGUACUGUGAGCAUGUAAUAUAUUGUAUUUUUAAAUAGAAAAGGCUAUGGUUAAAUAUUUUCUACUUUCUUUUUACUCCUACGUUCUUUCAAUAAUGAUCUUGUAAAGUUAGUAAAAAAAAAAAAGUAAUCAAGUAUGUAAAUUAAGAAUUAUUUAUAAUGUAUUUUUAAUCAAUUCGUUCACAUUAAAUUUAAGGCUAAACUUUC